UUAAAGCCACACCCUUUGCCAUAUUUAAGGCACAAAUCUUGAGGAAAAAGUACAUUUUGGAGCAACACACCUGAUCAUCAUGAAGUCGUUUUAUACAUUGAUUGUUUUAUGUAGCAUCGCUGCAGUUACUGCUGCGUUCAUCCGUCCCAGUAACGGCCUUCGUGAAUGCCGUAAAAAUCAAACUUUAACAGCACUAGAGGUGCUCCCAGGUGGAGGCUGGGAUAACCUGCGAAACAAAGACAUGGGACGUGUGAUGAACCUGAGCUAUUCCCAGUGUCAGACUACAGAAGAUGGUGCUUAUCUCAUACCAGAUGAAGUCUUUGUCAUUCCACAGAAAAUAAGCAUACUGGAACCUCAAUCUGAGAUCAUCAUGUCGUGGCUGAAACAGAAAAGCUGUACCUCAAGGUCCAUCAAUGCUGAUGCUUCUUUCUUUUCUAUGCUCAAUGGAAAAUUCUCAGAGGAACAUAAACAAAUCAAAACACAUCAAGUGAAAGAGAAUUCAGUAACAUCCAGAGUUCAAGUACGCAACCACCUGUAUACAGUAAAUGCAUUUCCUGACUUCACUCUGGACUUGCGCUUUGUUCACCAGGCAAAGAAAAUCGCAGACGCUAUUGAGAACAAGCAGACCCGUCAAGCAACAUAUCUGUCAGAGAAACUCAUACUUGAUUAUGGUACUCAUGUUAUCACAAGUGUUGAUGCUGGUGCCAUUUUGGUGAAGGAGGACUAUUUAAAAUCUACGUACGUCUCUACCAGUGAGUCCGACAUGUCUUCUGUGUCUGCAUCUGCAGGCUUUAACUUUUUUAGCAAAGUUAAUUUUGAUUUCGGAAGCAAAGAAUCCCAGCAAACCUCUGAAACAGUCGCGUACCAGGAAAACAUCACAUAUUCUAUAGCUCAGAGCUAUGGAGGGGCUUUGUUUUACCCAGGCCUCACUCUGCAAAAAUGGCAAGAAAGCACACACAAUAAUCUGGUGGCUAUUGACCGCUCUGGUCUGCCACUGCACUAUUUUCUUAAUCCAACAACAUUUCCAGAGCUUCCAAUACCAACAGUAGUAAAACUUUAUUUAUCAGUCAAACAGGCUGUAGAGCGUUAUUACAAAAUAAAUACCAUUCCAGGAUGUAUAGAUCCAAAAUCAAAAAAUUUCGACUUUCAGGCCAAUGUGGAUGAUGAAUCCUGUAAAGGUCCAGUAACCAGUCUGAGCUUCGGUGGCAUGUACCAAAUAUGCACUCCAUUGACCUCAGAAGGAAAUGUCAUCUGUGAUGAGCUAGCACAAAAAAAUCCAGCCACUGGUGACUAUUCAUGCAGUCAACAUUACAACACGUUCCUAUUACACUCUGAGACAGUAGAACGUGGUUAUAAUACAUAUGACUGUCAAGAACAUUGUGCAUCAUGGUGUUUAUUUGACUGUUGUGAAACAACAUGUGGAAAUACAUAUCAUGUCCGUAGUGCACAAAUAAACAGCUACUGGUGUUCUACAACUGAAGAAGUCCCUGAAUACUCUGGAUACCUCUUUGGAGGUAUAUUUGGACCUUCUUUAGAAAACCCCUUGACCAAAUCACAUGGCUGCCCUUCACACUACAUUGGCCAAAGAUUUUUGUCUAAUGGCAUGAUGGUUUGUCUGAGCAAGGAAUAUGAGAAAGGAACACAAUAUUCUGUGCCUUUUGGUGGCUUCUUUAGCUGCAGCUCUGGCAACCCUCUUGCAUUGGGUCAGUACCGCUGUCCACCUCAGUAUAGCCAACAUCUUGCUGCCAUAAGCGAUGGAUGUCAGGUAUUGUACUGUGUAAUGUCUGCCGCAUUCACUGGUGGACAGUUAAAGCCUGUUCAUCUCCCUCCAUUUACAAGACCACCGCUAGUCAGCAUGAUGUCAACAAAAACUGUAGCUGUAAUGACAGAAGGUAAUCAGACCUGGGUAAGAAUCGGAGAAACUAAGACAUGGAGGCUGGUAGGGCCGGAUGAAGUUAAUCAUAUAGUCAGAAUGUAUGAUGGGUCUUCUAGCCAGAUGUCUGGAGGUGAAAAGGCAGGUAUAGUUUGUGGUGUAAUGACGCUGAUUGUUGUUUUGGUAUCCGGAGUUGUAUUUUUCAUGAAAAGGAGAAGGAAGUCUUCAUUUAGGGCUGGUAGAGGAUAUGAAGAAAUUCAUUGUGAAGGUGUAGAGAGUCCAAGAAAUCAACAGAUUGCAAAUGAAGACCCUACUCAAAAUCUCUUGGCAUAAAUGAUUUUAUAUAAUGGUCAAUUUAUUCCUCUCCUAACUAAACAUUGUUUUACUGAUUAUCACAAAUUGUGAUUUCUUUUUUAAAAUAAUAUCCCUAGUUUUAUUCUUAAUAGUAUUACAAUCAUUUGAAGACAUUAACAAGGUGAUGGGAAUUACAGUGAUGUAUAAAUUGUGGUAUUUUAGAAAAACAGUAUUGUGAUUAACAUACAGUAUGUGACAUGGCAUAUCUUUAUUCUGUUUACAUUAUUUUUAUACAUUGUGCUUAUGUGUGAAUUAACCAUUUGACUAUUUUGCAUGUUAACUGGUUUUGUCAGGUUUCUGUUCAAAAACCAAGUAAAGCUACACUACAUAAAAGUCUAACGACAUUAUUGUAUUAUGCCUUUGUAUUUGCAUUUAAAAUACUUUUAAUGCUUUAAUAAAAACAAAAGAAAACAAUGU